CGCCUCCCUGCUAGCAGCGGGCGCCGAUCCCGCCCCGAACCUCCCGAACCCCCCUUCCCGAACCCCUCCGAACCCCCGGACCCGCGGCUGAGGGGCUGUUCCCGCGCUAUGGAGGAGCUCCGCGGCAUGGAGGCGGCCGCUUCUCUGCGGGGAGAGGCGGAGGAGCCCAAGCAGGGCUCGGUGUUGUUUCUGGGAGGCAACGAGGUGAAAAGCAGCGCUGUGGUGAAGUACUCCUCUGCCCCCCCACAGGCAGCCUUUGCCUGGCUCCAGGAGAAAACGGAUCUGAAGCUCCCCCCUGCCAACUGGCUCCGGGAGAGCGCCAGGCUGGGGCCAGCCGGUGCCACCAUUCUUGGCAACAACAAAAAAAGUAAACCUUUUUCAAGCUUUGGGAUGGCCUAUGAGUUCAUUGACUCAGUUGGAAAUGAUGUUGAUGUUGUGUCUGAUUCAGAGAACAUAAAAAAACUUCUGAAGAUCCCAUACAGCAAGUCACAUGUCAGCAUGGCUGUGCAUCGCAUCGGGCGCACGCUCCUGUUGGAUGAGCUGGAUAUUCAGGAACUCUUCAUGAGAUCAUCUCAGACAGGGGACUGGACAUGGCUGAAGGAGUUUUAUCAAAGGCUGAUUGAUCAGAAGUGGCAACGAAAAAAGAAGAGUAAAGAACAUUGGUACCAGAAGGCUAUACUCUCUAAAUUUCUGUAUUACAGCAUUAAUGGUGAUGGAGCUGCUCAGCCUGUUCCUUCCACAUCAAAACAGCAUCAGGAAGGUCCUGUUUCAGGUGAGAGUGAUGAAGCAGGAAGGGCCUCCUGGCCAGCUCCUUUUGAAAUGCCUUCUUCAUUAUCUGAAGAUCCAGGUGCUUCUAACCAGGGAAGUGUGCCUCUUGAACACUCAUAUGUAGUGGGGCAUGUGGCCUCAGCCCCCAAAGAACAAAACCUGACUACUUUGUUCACUGAAGGGGAAAACAGUCAGGGGCUUAAAAAUGAUUUUGUUCGAAACAUCUUGUGGACCUUUGAAGAUAUCCACAUGUUAGUAGGAUCCAAUAUGCCAAUAUUUGGAGGUGGGAGAUACCCUGCUGUCAGCCUGCGUCUCAGGGAUAACAACAAGCCAAUAAAUGUGCUAACAGGAAUUGACUACUGGUUGGACAACUUAAUAUGCAAUGUACCUGAGCUUGUGAUGUGCUUUCAUGUGAAUGGAAUUGUUCAGAAAUAUGAAAUGAUCAAGACUGAAGAUAUUCCUAAUUUGGAAAACUCUAAUUUUUCUACCAAAGUGAUAAAAGAUAUUGCUCAAAAUAUCUUAUCUUUUCUGAAAUCAAAUUGCACCAAAGAAGGACAUACUUAUUGGCUGUUUAAGGCAAGUGGGAGUGAUAUAGUAAAGCUCUAUGACCUAACCACCCUUUGUGAAGAGACAGAAGACAAAUACCAAAACCCUUUUACAAUGCCAGUGGCAAUUCUUCUAUACAAAGUUGCUUGCAAUAUGAUGCUGAAGAAAAACCAGAACAAGAAACACUAUGGCACUAUCAGAACAUUGCUCCUUAAUUGUCUUAAGUUGCUGGACAAUGGCAGACAUCCUCAAAUUAUAGCUUCAGCAAACUACAUGUUAUCAGAGCUCUUUCAGCUGGAUGAACCAAAAAAAGAUGACAAUGCAGACUUCCCCAUAAAUGGAAAUUCUGAUGAAAGUUACAGUGAAGAAGAGGAAGAAAUGGCAGACAGUGAUGAAAAUGGUUCUUUUAGUAACAGUUCUGAUCCACCAGAUGACAAUAAAGCAGUGGCUAUCAUCAAGUCUGUUGGAGAGUUAUCAGUACCAGAAAAAUACAAGUCUGUGCAUCGAAUACGUCCCAGCUGUGCAUUCCCUGUCUGCCAUGGCACUGAGGAACGCUGCAGGCUGGUGCUCAACUAUGUCCUGGAGGGCUUAAAGUCUGUUGACAGCAGCAUUAAAAAAGAAGGUGACCUUCCUGCAGCUGACCCCAGCACACCAAUCCCACUGAAAUAUGAAGAUGAAUCCACCAGUGGUGGGCCUGAGUGUCUGGAACAACAGAUGGCAUUAUUUUUAGACAAAAUGGGCUCAUUUCAGAAGGGUAAGCAUUCCAGACAGUCAGGAAUGAUUCCUGGGUCGUGGCAAUAUAAAAUGAAGCUCCAGCUCAUUCUGAAAUCAUCAAAGGCUUAUUAUGUCCUCUCUGAUGCUGCUAUGAUCCUGCAGAAAUACGGGCGAGCGUUACGAUACAUCAAGCUGGCUCUGCAGUGCCAUGAUACCUACUGUUGUCUCUGUGCCAGCAUGCUUCCUGAAGUAUUGCUAUUUCUUUGUCAGUGUUUAACCCUUUGUGGAGAUAUCCAGUUAAUGCUUGCUCAGAAUGCAAACAACAGAGCAGCAUAUCUUGAAGAAUACAACUACCAGACAAAAGAAGAUCAGGAAAUCUUACACAGUCUUCACAGAGAAUCCAGGUGCCAAGUCUUUGCCUGGGCUACUGACUUGUCUACAGACUUGGAAUGCCAGCUCUCCACCAGCUGCAAAUGUUAUGAAGCAGCUUAUGAAAUUUUACUUUUCAGUAAUUUAAAAAACCAGAAUCCAGAGCAGCAUAUACAGGUACUGAAGAGGAUGGGCAAUAUCAGGAAUGAGAUUGGAGUCUUUUACAUGAACCAGGCUGCUGCAGUGCAGACUGAGAGAGUGGUGAGUAAAAACAUCUCAGUGACAGAGCAGCAACUCUGGAAGAAGAGUUUCUCUUGCUUUGAAGAAGGAAUCCAGAAUUUUGAGUCCAUUGAUGAUGCAACCAAUGCUGCUCUUCUGCUCUGCAACACGGGGAGGCUGAUGAGGAUUUGUGCCCAAGCACACUGUGCAGCUGAGGGUGACUUCAAAAGGGAGUUUUCCCCAGAAGAAGCCCUUUAUUAUAAUAAGGCCAUUGACUACUAUCUGAAGGCAUUAAGAUCACUAGGAAAGAGGGAUGUGCAUCCAGCUGUUUGGGAUUCUGUCAACUGGGAGCUGUCUACUACAUAUUUCACUAUGGCAACUCUGCAGCAGGAUUAUGCUCCUCUGUCUCGAAAGGCUCAGGAACAGAUAGAGAAGGAAGUUAGUGAAGCCAUGAUGAAGUCCUUGAAAUACUGUGAUGUUGAUACAGUGUCUGCCAGGCAGCCUCUCUGCCAGUACCGGGCUGCAACCAUCCACCACAGGCUUGGCUCCAUGUACCACAGCUGCCUGAGAAACCAGGUUGGAGAUGAACAUCUGAGGAAACAGCACCGUAUCCUGGCUGAGCUCCAUUACAGCAAAGCAGUAAGGCUCUUCCAGCUCCUCAAGGAUGCUCCCUGUGAGUUCCUCCGUGUGCAGCUGGAAAGAGUGGCUUUUGCAGAAUUCCAGAUGGCCAGUCAGAACAGCAGUGCUGGGAAAUUAAAGACUUUGUGUGGGGCCCUGGAUGUAAUGGUGAAAACCAAGGGUGCGUUCCAGCUCAUCAGGAAAGAGCUUGUGGCAGAAAGGGAACAGAUCAGCAAGGGGAAAAGCAGCCCUGAGAAUAUGUCAGCCAAUGAUGCUGGCCUGAACAAAGAAGAAGUACUGAAACUGCUCGGUAUUUUUGAGUCCAGAAUGUCAUUCCUGCUCCUUCAAUCCAUUAAGUUGUUAACUUCAACCAAAAAAAAAAUUGGGGGCUAUAAUGAAGAAGAAGUUGUUCUUAAAACAAACAAGCAAGUUUACUCCCUGCUGUUGCGUGCGACUGCUAACAAAAGCAUGACUCUGCUGGAGAGAAUAGAGGUCAUCUUAAAUUUACUGGAACAGCUGACUCAAAACACUGAAACCAGUAAUGGAACAAUUCAGUGACCCAGAGGCUGCAGACCAGCAGAAACAGUGCCUUGCUGUGCAGGGAUCAGGGGGAUAUUUGUAUUUAUUGAAGGUUCUAAUAUCACCUGCACUGUUGCAUGGUAUGUCUGGGAAAGAAGAGGAACUCCUUUUUAUCCUGCAGGAACUCUGUCGUGGCUCAGUUACUGGCAUUUCUUUGCUUGAAAUGCCAAACAAGGGUUCUGGAUUGAAACCUGACAAUUUUUUUAUGCUGGAGAAAUUCUUCCAGCUAACAGGCUCUGCAGCAAUAGAAACGUUCUGCAGCAAAUUGUAACCUCAGAGUUGCUCCAGUUUGAUACGUCCUGAAAUGUACUUUGUAAGCAGGGCCUCCCUGGAACCCCUGACCUGGUAAUGUGAACCCAAGCUGUCAGAUUUUCUGUUGAGCACAUGGAGACAGACACAUUAUUUUUGUUAGUUCCUCUCCUGCACAAAACCUGUGCCUUUCAGGCUCUGGUGCAAGACUCGUGCAAGUCACAGGCACUUCAUUUACCCCAGCAAGAGUGGGUUGAGAUGUGUUUGGCUCAAUUGAGAAUAGUAUUAUCUUUUUUCAGACUUGAAACUGUGAAUAAAUGAGAGCAUAUUUUUAAA